UUUUCUUUUAGUGAUGUAUCUUUAUGUUUUAUCAAACGAUCUGCUAAUUGGGUUGCUCACUUUAUGGUUAAAGCAUUUCAUUUAUAUUUUUUCAAAGUCUAAACUCUCUUUUAAUGUUGCUAAUAUUAUUGAGGUCGAGUUGGUCUAGUUGAAUAAAAUUUAUAGUUUUUUAAUAAAUUCUCUAUUCUUUCCUUCUAAUUUUCUUUCUCUUCUAUUUUCUGUCUUUCAUACCAAACAUAGUGUUAGUUUGAGGGGGCUUUUAGUAAAAAGGAUUAGCUAGAGUUAGUUAUAGGAAUUAGUUUGUGUUGUAUUGUUAGUUGAAUGUAACUAAAUUUCUAUUCCAAGCUAACUCUUUAGUCUGUAUAUAUAAAAGCUAAUCUGUUUAUGAAUGUAAUUAAUUGUUCAAUCAAUAACAAAAAUUAGACUGUCCUCUACAUUUUCUUUCAAGCUUACAGUAGCAGUGAAUUUUAAUGGCCAUGGCCAUGGCCUGCAAUAUUAUUCAUCUUCUUCAUUUUCAUCCGACCCCUUAUCGUGCUUUUGCUCGCACAACUCUUACGACGGCAUUUCGAAUCCCCUCUCCUUUUCAAAAUUCCUUACCCAAACCCAUUUCUCCUCCUCGCUCAUUAUCAACCACUGCUACCUUCACCUGGGACGACGUCCUUCGACUUUCACAACCCCAAAGUAUUUCGGAUUCGGACGACGUUACUGAUCUCAAUGGCUACUUUGAAAAGAUUAAAAUGUGCAAUCGAGGAUCAGAAAUGCGAUUCAUGUUUAUGCCUUUUGUAAUUGAGAAUCAAAUAAUUGGUUAUAUUCAUAAUGGUUUUGCUGAGAAUUUGAGGAAGUUCCAGAAAGUGUUCAAAUUCUUACCAGAUAACUCUAAUGAUGGCUUCCAUGGAGGGACGGUGACAUUGCAUCCGUCGCUUAAGACCCAAGAGGACAGGACCAGAGCAGUAGGAGAAGUAGUUAAGAUCUUAGGGGAGCAACAGUUUCCUGGUAUUCGGAAUGAGCUUUACCCAGUGAUUUCUUCUUUUGGUGCAUCGCCACUUUUUUCAUUAGAACGUGCAGCUGCUCCUUAUUUUGGAAUAAAGGCUUAUGGAAUUCACAUGAAUGGUUAUGUUGAGAAAGAAGGAGAGAAAUUUCUGUGGAUUGGGAAGAGAAGUCAAGAAAAAUCUACCUUCCCAGGAAUGCUCGAUCAUCUUGUUGCUGGAGGACUGCCUCAUGGGAUUGCAUGUGGGGAGAAUGUGGUCAAGGAAUGCCAAGAAGAAGCUGGAAUACCCAAAUCCAUUUCUAGCAGUGCUAUAUCAGUUGGUGCUGUUUCGUACAUGGACAUUGAUGGAUACAGAUACAAGAGGGAUGUCUUGUUUUGCUAUGAUUUAAAACUUCCCGAAAGUUUUAUACCUAAGAAUGAAGAUGGCGAGGUGGAAAGUUUCAAGUUGAUUCCUGUGGCACAUGUUGCGAAUGUCAUACGUAGGACAUCCAUUUUCAAGCCAAAUUGCUGUCUUGUCAUCAUUGACUUUCUAUUUCGACAUGGCUAUAUUCGUCCGGAAAAUUAUGGAUACUUGGAUCUACUGCAGAGUUUGAGAAGUGGAGAUUACUCUUAGAUACAGUUUGGUACGAGGUAAUAUUAUCAUAGGAAUGAGAAAGUGAGAAGAUUUCUUUGGUAGUAAAAUUAUACAUUGUUUGUUCUUAGGACAGUGAUCUUCAGGGCCUCAAAAUAAACUACUAUGGCUACCGUGUAAUUUUACAUUUUUAUCUUUUGUUACCACGGUUUUCCUCAGCCAUAAGUGAAGGUUCUCAAUAAAUUUGAUGGACGAAAAAAAAAUGAAAUUAGUGAUA